UUUCUUCUUGUUCUUGGCUCGGACUUUUGCAUCAUUUUUUCCUCAACGUCUCCAACAAUUCGGAAAGUGUUUCUAAGUACUCUAUUGUGUUGGGCAAGAUCUUUUUAUGCAACUUGACAGCAAGAUUUGGUGGAACAGCACACAGCUCCUGACAUGUUGAUAAAGAUAUUCUUGAAAUAUGAUGAGUUUGGAUUUUUCUUUUUGUUUCAUCGUUUCCUCACUCCUUCUCUUCUUCAGUUUUGAGAUAGUCUUACAGAGGCUCUCCAAUGGGUUUAAUGAAAGAUAUGAUAAGGACUUCACUGGGUUUUAUGAUGAGUUGCAAAUGCCUGGUUGGCAUCACAAUCAUUUACGAGGCAGUGUCCCGUCUUUGGGAACGCUGAGGGGUGUCUCUUUGGUACGAGUCCAGUGUUAAUAUCAGAAUGAAUACACGAAGUUAUGCCUCCAAGAAUGGCUUCCUUAUUC